AUGGUUUCCGGUCGUGCCAUCGUAAUUACUGUUCGAGUCACUUAUCUACCCGGCAAGGCUGCAAUCUUCUACCCCGGAGGCCUGGACAAUGCUUUGAAGUUCCUCCUUGCCGACUUGACUUCGCUCUCACUUCCCCACCCCGAGGCAUCCAAUGUCCUGAUAUUGUCGACGGGAGUCCUGGAUCUGUACUGGGAGACAACUGAAAGAAGCAUCUUACAUCAUACUCUAGUCGGGAAAAUCGCGAGCCCAUCGAAAGAUUGGUUGCAAAUUUUAACAGGCCAGUUGAUUCAGAAGAUGGUAUACAAAGAGGAACUUGACAAAACACUGAAGGACAUCAUCUUUACUCAGCUGAACUCUACCAACUGCAACCAUGUCUCUCUGAAGAGAAGAGGUCGCCCUUCUCUUUCGGCAUCAUCCGCCAAGGUGGCAGAGUUUUCACCUUCAUCCGAGCCCACUGCGCAGCCGUCAAGCGUGUCAGUAUACCCCCAAAAUCUGAGCUCAACAGAGGAUGCUACAUCACAAAGGCUUACUGAAAGUGCCGUUGAAAUGGAACCCGGAUUAGAGGCACCACUUUCCCACGACGGUGCAAACCUGCUGCCACUCAGCCAGUGCUCUCCAAAAGCAGAUCUAUCAGCCAACGACGCCCCCUCACAUGCGGAAGAGAUGCUACCAUCACAUACCGGUAUAUGCGUAUCUCGCCCAGAUUCUGUGUCAACACCACCGCCGGCGAAACGCGUCUAUCGUGAACAAGAGAUAACACAAUUAAUGCAAGAGCUAGAGCAUCUCAACCGGGAGGUCACCAGCCUCGCUGCAAAGCGAGCAGAGAUAAGGGAACGACUGAAAGAUGCAGGUGCUACAGACAUCCCUUUGUGUGAUUCAUCUGUGGAGGAUUUCGCUUGUCGUAUCCGAUUGAGAGCCCUUGAGGUAGAGAUUGAAAUCGAACGACAGAAGAGGAUUGAGUACGAGCUGGUGCUCGAGGACAUUCGGAGGGAGUGCAAAUUCCCGUUCAUUGUGCCCUCUUUGCUUGAUGCUUUCGUUGAAGUCUCCAAAUUGACUAAUGCCGCUGUGAAACAUUGA